AUUCUCAUCAUCCAUUCACCAUCUCUUUUUGUCUCACUUUCUCUCUCCUCUCUAAAACAACCACAUUUUUCUCUCUCCUUUUUGUUUAUGGCUCCCAAGGUUAACGGCGUUGGUGGUGGCGUUGGAGUUAAGGUGAACGCGGUUAACGGUGGGGUUAAUGUUAAAGAAACGCAUUUCAGAGGUGUAAGGAAGAGACCGUGGGGGAGGUACGCGGCGGAGAUUCGUGACCCGACGAAGAAAAGCCGUGUUUGGCUUGGCACGUUUGAUACGGCUGAGGAAGCCGCACGUGCUUAUGAUGAUGCUGCACGCGCCUUUCGCGGUGCUAAGGCUAAGACCAAUUUCCCACUUCCGUCUGAAAUACAGAUUAACGCACCCCUCAACCACCACCACCACCACCACUUCAACCACAACCAGAACACCAAUUUGAGUUGCAAUAAUAAUAACAAUAACCACAGUCCUAGUCAGAGUAGCACCGUGGAAUCCUCCAGCCAUGAGAAGCCGUCUUCUAUCCCGGCUCCGACUACGGCGGUCAUGGUCGAUUCUCUUCCCUUAGAUCUUAACCUUGCCGGAAACUUUGCCGGCGCUGCGGCAGUUGGAGUUAGAUUUCCAUUCCAACAAGUCCGCGUUGCUCAAGCACCGGCGGUUGGUUUUCCGGCGCAGAUGAACCAGUUUUUCUACUUUGACGCCGUUGCGCGUCAAAAUCAACAUCACCACCACCACCUUCAACAACCGCAGUACAUCAAUAACCAACAGAUAAGGUUUCACCAAAUGGUGGCGAGUGAACUCCACGCGCCUCCGACAUGCGGUGUUCAGAGCGAUUCCGACUCGUCCUCCGUCGUCGAUUUCAACCAGGAUCUUAACAGUGCUCCUAGAGGUCUCGAGAUCGAUCUUAACCAUCCUCCACCGUCUGAUUUAGCUUGAUCCUUCCAAUUUUUUGCACCUCUUUAAUUAGCGGUGUUUUUUCAGGAUCUUCGCUAGAAAUUAUGACGACGAUAAAUGAGGAAAAAGAAAAAAAUUAUAAAAAAAAAGAAAGUUUUUGUUUUUUGAAUUUCCUCGGUAUUAUUUUUUUAGGGAAAAGAAAAAAUGAGGGUGGAUCCAUGGAGCUCCGAUUUGGAUCACCGAAUUUUCUGUUUUUAUUUUUUGUAUAGAUUUUAAUUAGAUUAGCUUAAUUAAGUAUAUCACUUAAAUUUUUUGCGACAGAGAUUAGAGAAAAGAAAGUCAUGUAUCUUUGAAUUUCAAUUCUCUGUUGUUUGAUGAAAAGAAAAAGAGUUGUAUUUUGGUAAAUUUGAAUCAAAAAAUCAGAUAUAAAUUGGAAUAUAAUAUUCGAAAUAA